ACAAAGUGAAGGACAAAAAACUUGGAAGGUGGUUGAGUCACUGAUUUUUGGAUUGGCCAAUCAAAAUUCACUGACAAGAGAAGCUGCUUAAUCAAUCAUUGUAAGUUUGUAACCCUCAAAACAAGUGAAGUGGCACUACUGUUAUCAUCUGUGGGUGGUUGAAAACGUGAAACAGGAACUUUGCAGCAGACAUGGAAACAGCCUCAGAUUAUGGAGCAUUCAUGGAGAAAUUCAUUUUACCACCAACUUCUUCUUCUCCUGAUCUUCCUUUGAGUUCACUCACCUUUGCAGUCAAAGACAUAUUUGAUGUGAAAGGGUAUGUAGCUGGAUUUGGCAAUCCUGAUUGGUUAAGGACUCAUGAGAUUGCUACUUCUACUGCUCCAACAGUUUUGGCUAUCCUUAGUGCAGGUGCUACUUGUGUUGGUAAAACUGUCAUGGAUGAAAUGGCUUACAGUAUAAACGGGGAGAAUAUACACUAUGGCACGCCUAGAAAUCCUUGUGCAGAAGAUCGAGUUCCUGGAGGAUCUUCUAGCGGCUCUGCUGUUGCAGUUGGUGCAAAGCUUGUGGAUUUCUCUUUAGGAACGGAUACAGGAGGAAGUGUAAGAGUGCCUGCAUCAUAUUGUGGGAUUUUCGGUUUUCGUCCUUCUCAUGGUGCUAUCUCAAAAUCGGGAGUUGUUCCUAUGGCGCAAAGUUUUGAUACUGUUGGAUGGUUUGCUAGGGAUCCAAAGAUUUUAAGCAGAGUUGGACAUGUACUUUUACCAUCGCCACAACAAGCCGCACCUGUUAGACCUACUCAGAUUAUCAUUGCGGAGGAUUGUUUUCAGCUUUCAAGUAUUCCUUACGAUGUAGUUCCACAGAUUGUCAUCAAAGCAAUACAGAAGUUGUAUGGAGUUGAUGUAUUAAGGCAUGAAAUUCUUGGUGAAUAUGUUAAGGCCAAAGUUCAAAGUUUGAAGAGUUUCAUGAUUCAAGAGAAUACAGACCAAGUAUACAACAUUCCAUCACUGGCUGCACUUUCAAGCGCCAUGCGAUUGCUUCAGAGGUAUGAAUUUAAGAAUAACCAUGGUGAAUGGAUCAAUGCAGUCAAACCUGAUAUAGGUCCCGGAAUUUCAGAACGCGUAUCAGAUGCCCUUACCACAAAAGGGGAGGGUAUUGAUAUCUGUCAUUCUAUAAUAAAGGAGUUGCAUGAGGCACUUACUUCUCUUCUUGGGGAUUUCGGUGUUCUCAUGAUCCCGACAGUUCCAGGGCCUCCACCUAAACUACAAACAAAUUCAUCCGAAUUAGAAAUUUUUCGUGCAAGAGCUUUCAGCCUGCUGUCUGUUGUUGGAGUAUCUGGAUUUUGCCAGGUAAACAUUCCACUAGGGUUGUAUAAUGACCUCCCGAUAUCAGUUUCUCUGGUGGCCAGGAAUGGUGCAGAUGAGUUCUUGCUUCACCUUGUUGAGAGUAUUUAUGAUAACAUUGAAAAAUAGGAAUCAGCAUAGCUCACAACAUAAUUAAGUUAUUUUUUUGUAACUGCAAGGAAAGUCGGUGUAAGCAAUUUUUUUAUAUCAAUUCAAAUUGAAAUAAAAAAGUUUAUGAAAAGUUUUAAAA